AUGGCUUCAUCAACGCAAAUAUUCACACCGCCGCCUAUACCAAAGUCUCCCUCAGCCUCACAAACUUCCAACAACAGCACUCAACCUCAAGCCGACGACAUCGAAAGCCAAGUUCCCCCAGCCCAACAACAUGAAGACACGCCUCUCCUCUCCGCCCCCGACGAAUCCUGGUCUCCCCCCGCGGGCUUCGUCUCCAUCCAGCUGGCCAUCAUGACAAACGUCUUCCUCUACGGCUUCGACAGCACCAUCACCGCCGCCACCUACGCCGUCAUCAGCUCCGAGUUCGACGCCGCCAACAGCGCCUCCUGGCUGACCACGUCUUACCUCGUUACCUCUGCUGCGUUCCAGCCGCUGUACGGGCGAGUGUCUGACAUUUUUGGUCGAAGGGCUUGCUUCUUCGUGGCUACGACCUUCUUCGCGCUGGGUUGUCUUGGGUGUGGCGUGGCGAAAAGCAUGUUGGCGUUGAAUUGUAUGAGAGCUGUGACGGGGGUUGGAGGAGCGGGACUCAUGACUAUGGCCACGAUUAUCAACUCGGACAUGAUACCGUUUAAAAAGAGAGGCAUGUAUCAGGCUAUGCAGAAUGGAAUCGUGGGAAUGGGUGCAAUCUGCGGUGCUUCGUUUGGUGGCACGAUUGCCGACUUGGUUGGUUGGCGCUGGUGUUUCCUCUUUCAGAUACCCGUUUCCGUCUUUGCGUUUGGUGCGGGAUACUUUGUUCUCAAGAACCAACAUCGUGGAAUUGUCUCUGAAGGCGGGUUUGGUGCUGUGUGGAAGAGAGUCGACUUUUCUGGCGCUCUUCUCCUCGUGGCGGCUGUUUCGACGCAGUUGCUGGGCAUGAGUCUGGGUGGAAACGAGCUGCCUUGGGGAAGUCCCUGGGUGAUCGGAUCGCUUUUGGGCAGUGUCGUGCUGUUUGUUAUUUUCAUCCGCGUCGAGGGGAAGACGACCGCCUUGCCGAUUAUCCCGUUGAGGAUGCUUCAAGGAGCAAUGCCCAUUGCCACGCAAAUCGCCAACAUCUGCGCCGGCAUGUCAACAUACGGGUACCUCUUCAUGCUUCCGCUCUUCUUUCAGGCCGUGCUUCAAGACUCAGCCACCAAAGCCGGCGCUCGUCUGGCUAUUCCCUCGCUGGCUAUGCCCUUGGGUGGCUUGAUUGCCGGUACGGUCAUGUCUCGCUGGGGGAAGCUGAUUCCACUUAUGCGCACGGGGCUCAUCCUCAUGACAAUCGGUCAGGCUUUGGUCUCGUCCUGGGCGUUUUCGGAUGCCUCGUGGAAGUAUGUCUUGUUUAUCUUUCCUUCUCACUUGGGAACAGGAAUCGUGUAUCCGGCGACUCUCUUUAUCUCGAUUGCGUCCCACGCUCAUUCAGACCACGCCGUAUCCGCUUCAACAACCUAUCUCGUUCGAUCUUUAGGAACCGUCUGGGGGGUCUCCAUCACUUCAGCCAUCGUCCAGAAUACGCUCAGUAUUAUCGACGAGAUCCGGCACUCUGUGGAAGCCCUGCGGACGCUUCCGCCUGAUAUCCAGCUCAGCGCCCGGCUGGUUUACUAUGAUGGAUUGAGGCUUGCUUUUGGAGCGACGACUUUGGUGGCUGCUGUUGGGGUGGGUGCUGCUUUUAUUGCGAACCCAGAUAACCUGCGAAAGACGCACGAGUAG